AUGGAAAUUCCUUUAUCCUCUUUUCAGAGUAGAGUUCAAAAGAUUAAGAGAAAGAUAUUCUCCUCUGACAUUGAUCUCUACUCAUUUGUAUGUCCUUCUGCCUAUGACACUGCAUGGUUAGCUAUAAUACCCGAUUCAAGAAACCCUUCCCACCCUAUGUUCAAGAAUUACUUGGACUGGUUGCUUAACAACCAGAAACCGGAAGGGUUUUGGGGAGAGUGUGACACCUUUGGCCAACCCACGAUUGAAUCCCUUCCUGCAACUCUUGCUUCCAUGGUUGCACUCAAAAAGUGGAACACUGGCAAGCUACUAGUAGAGAAAGGACGGUCAUUUAUUCGUGGAAACGCCGAUAAACUGCUCAAUGAAGUCAAAGACGAUUACCCUCGUUGGUUCUUCAUUGUUCUUCCGGCCAUGGUUGAACUUGCCGACACAAUGGGUUUAGAUGUUGACUUCCCCGAAGCAUCAAGGGAUAAAAUGUUAUACAUCUUUAGCUGUCGGAGAAAAUUUCUCAACAACAACGGGCAUGGAGUUGAAGGAGGUAUACGUUGUUACCCUCCGUUACUGGCAAACCUUGAAGCUUUGCCUCCAUCAUAUGUGAGUGAAGAAGAUAUAGGUAGAAAUUUGAGCAGCGAUGGGUCAUUGUUCCAAUCCCCUUCCGCCACGGCAAAAGCAUUCAUGGCGUUUGGAAAGAAAGAAUGCCUCACGUAUCUUCAGUCCUUAGCACAAAGAUGCCCAAACGGAGUUCCACAGGAAUAUCCCGUGGACGAGGAACUUAUAAAGCUCUGCAUGGUCAACCACUUGCAGAGGUUGGGGUUGGGCGAGUACUUCAAAAGGGAAAUUGACAUACUUCUGACACAACUUUAUAGGAAUUAUAAUAUGGAGCAAAAUUCACGGGUAAAAAAAGAACCCAAUUUGAGUGCCGCGCAGCUUCACAAAAAUUCUCUUGCAUUUCAUCUCCUGCGGACUCAUGGACACAAAGUAUCACCAUUAAGCUUUUGUUGGUUUCUACGUCACGAUGAAAUUCGAGCUCAAGUUGAGAAAGAUUAUGAGCACUUCUCAAGUGCAUUGCUUCACGUCUUUAGAGCCUCAAAUCUUAUGUUCUGUGGAGAACAUGAACUUGAAGAAGCUAAAACCUUUUCAAAAAGACUAAUUGAGAAAAUCAUUUACACAGAAAAUGGACACCGACCACAGAUGGAGCAUGAGUUGAAUCUUCCAUGGUUUGUUCGCCUGGAUCAUUUAGAUCACAGAACGUGGAUAGAAGAUAAAGACGCCAAUGCUCUAUGGAAAGGAAAGGCAUCAUAUAAUAGGAUAUCAUAUCACUAUAACGAUGAAUUGCUACAUCUUGCCACACAAAACUUUGAGUUCAAGCAAUCAUUAUACAAAAAUGAGCUGAAGGAACUGAAGAGGUGGGCUGAAGAUUGCGGGAUUAGUAAUAUGGGAUUUGGCAGAGAAAAAACUACUUAUUGUUACUUUGCUGUUGCUGCUGCAACUAGCUCAUGGCUCCCCCAUGAUUCUUACGUACGAAUGCUUGUGACUAAGAGUGCAGUUAUAAUCACAGUGGCAGAUGAUUUCUUUGAUAUGAUGGGGUCUAUCAGUGAAUUGGAAAUUCUCUCGGAUGCAGUUGGAAGAUGGGAUUCCAGGGGACUAAGUGGCCACAGCAAAGUUAUAUUUGAUGCCCUUGACAAUCUUGUGAGUGAAGUUACUAGUAAAUAUCUCCAACAAGAAGAAACAACAGAUAUAUCACACAACUUGAAAGAUCUAUGGCAUGAAACUUUCCUUUCGUGGCUCAUAGAAGCACAGUGGAGCAGAAAUAGACACACACCAUCCAUUGAUUGUUACCUGAAGACCGGCAUGAUCUCCAUUGCCACACAUAACAUAGUGCUUCCGGCAUCAUGUUUUCUAAAACCAAGCUUACCAACUAAGAAACUCAGGCCAAUCCAAUAUGAUCCCAUCACAGAAUUGCUUAUGGUCACUUCUCGCCUUUUAAAUGAUGUAGAGAGCUACAAGAAGGAAAAGGAAGAUGGAAAAUUUAAUUCUGUUUUGGUGAACUUGAUAGAGAACCCGGAACAUGAUAUUGAAGAUUCAAUUGCUUUUGUGAGAGAGAUAAUUGAGAAAAAGAGGAAAGAGUUCCUUGAACAUGUUCUGAUUGAUGGACUAUGUGAUUUGCCUAAGCCUUGCAAGCAACUUCAUCUAUCAUGCUUGAAAGUUUUUAACAUGUUUUUCAACUCUCGAAACAUAUAUGACUCCAAUACAGAGUUGGUGGAGGAUAUAAACAAAGCAAUAUAUCUUCCUUUGAGCAAAACUAAGAAGCGUCCUUCACUUCAUCCACCCCCAAAGAAGAGUGAUACGACAGCAAAAUUCCAGUUUGGUUUGUCGUUCAAACAACAUAAUAGCAGGAUGAGUUUCACAGCACAUCAAGUUGCUACUUCUACCUUAAGAAAUGGAUUUUGCAUGACAUUUAUUGCACCUAAGAUUGGGCUUGGCUUCAUUUAA